CGAUAAACUAGUCUAAAAAUACACCAAAAUAUAAACACGGAGAUUUUGACGUGGAAACCCAAAUCGGGAGAAAACCACGGGCCUUUUUUGGCGGUACCUUGCCAACGGGGGAUUUUUAUUAAUAUCGGGGGUGUGUACACGCUUUGUUCCGGUACAGUCCUCCAAGCCUCCAUUUCAUCAUUCUCCCAAGAAAAAACAAAAUGAAACCCAAAAUAAAAAUUUAAUAAAAACAAUUGAAAAACGGAUCCUAUAAUCGCCGUCCUCGUCGUCGUUUCCAAAGCAUUCCCCAAUGAAAAAUCAAUGUCUUUCGCGACCACAACGCUGGUAUUCCUCGUCUGCGUUUUCUUGAUCAAUGUGCCAAUGCCGGCGAAAUCCUUUUCCGACGCGGAGCCGCUGUUGAAAUUGAAGAAAUCGCUAAAAAACACGGCUUCCCUGUCUUCUUGGAAGGCCGGAACGAACCCCUGCGACGUGAGGCGGCAAUGGGCCGGCGUGAUUUGCAUAAACAACAUAGUCGCCGGCCUCCGUCUCGGCGGAAUGGGUCUGUCCGGGAAAAUUGACGUCGGAGCUCUGUCCCAAAUUCCCGGCCUCAGGACUCUGUAUCUGAUCCACAAUUCUUUCGCCGGACCCAUCCCGGAGUUCAACCAGAUCGGCGCUCUCAAGGCCCUCUACAUCUCUAGGAACCAGUUUUCCGGCGAAAUCCCCUCCGAUUUCUUCGCCAACAUGGGGUCCCUGAAGAAAGUGUGGCUCUCGGACAACAAAUUCACCGGCCCAAUCCCUUCUUCCCUCGCCGGGUUACCUCGGAUUCUGGAAAUCCACCUGGAGAACAACCGAUUUUCCGGCGAGAUACCGGAGUUCAAACAGAGGACGCUGGCAUCGUUAGACCUCUCCAACAACAAUCUCCGAGGAGAAAUUCCGGCCAGCUUAUCAUCGAAAUUCAACGAUUCUUCAUUCAAAGGGAACCCCGGACUUUGUAGCAUCCAAAUUUUAGGCAAGCCUUGCCAGGAAAUGGUUUUGAAUAGCAGAGCCGCCGACGACACGGAGGGAGAAUCAAGGAACAACACAAUCUCGGCGAACGGAACCACGGUUUCGGACGGAAGCGGGGGUGGGUCAAGAAACAGCAAGGUCUCGACGAACGGAACCACGGCGGCGGCGGCGGUCGGAGAUGACAGUAGGGCAAGACACGUGUCUAUCGGAAUAAUGGCAGCGUCCGGCGUCAUACUCCUCCUGAUGCUGAUAGGAAUAGCGGUCUUGAAACGGAGGCAGGAGAGGUUCGAAACCAUGAUGCUGCAGCCGGAGGACCCGUCGGUGGCCGGCGGCGAGCAAAGCAGCAGGAGAAGCGGCAGCUCGGGCCGAACAGGGUCGCGCAGCGGCAGAGGGUCGGGGAUGGGGGAGCUGGUGAUGGUGAACGAGGAGAAAGGCGAGUUCGGGUUGCCGGAUCUGAUGACGGCGGCGGCGGAGGUGGUGGUCGGGAAUGGGACGACGGGGUCUUCGUACAAGGCGACGAUGAAGAACGGGACGGCGGUGGUGGUGAAGAGAGUGAAGGAAAUGAACGGAGUGGGGAUUGAAGAGUUCGACGGGGAGCUUCGGCGGCUUGGCGGGUUAAGGCACAAAAACAUCAUAACCCCUUUGGCUUAUUAUUAUCGCAAAGAAGAGAAGCUUUUGGUGUAUCCAUUCAUGCCCAAAGGGAGCUUGCUCUAUGCACUCCAUGGCGAUCGAGGUGUUACCCAUUCAGAGCUGAAUUGGCCAAAUCGACUAAACAUCGUAUCAGGAAUUGCGCAAGGAUUAGGGUUUCUUCAUCAUGAGCUAUCAUCUUCCCAAGUACCCCACGGGGAUCUCCAGUCCAGCAAUAUUCUCCUGACCGAAGAUCUCCGGCCAUGCCUCUCCGAUUACGGCUACGCUUCCCUGAUAAGCACCGACCACGCCGCCGAAUCUCUCAUGGCCUUCCGAUCGCCGGAGGCCCUGCAGUACAAUCAGGUGUCUCCCAGAUCCGACGUCUAUUGCCUCGGAGUAGUCAUUCUCGAAGUCGUCACCGGGAAAUUCCCGUCGGAGUACCUGAACAACGGCAACGGCGGGACUGAUGUGGUGCAGUGGGUGAAAUCGGCGAUUGCCGAGGGAAGGGAGGCCGAGGUGUUGGAUCCGGAGAUUGCGGCGGACUCGUCGGAUCAGAUGCGACAGCUUCUCCACGUCGGCGCGGAGUGCGCGGAGAGUAAUCCAGAUCGGCGACUGGAUCUGGGAGAAGCUAUUAGGAGGAUAGAGGAAAUACAGGCAGGAGUCGGAGGCGAGAUCGGUUGACGUCAUGCCAUCGCCACGAGAUGGAUAUGCCGAUCAAGUUGGGGAAGGUCGCGGCGCCGCCGCCGGCGACAGCAAAAAAGUCGAAGCAUUAGAGUAGUUGAAACUGUAGCCUUUAGAGCAUGAUACUAUAUUA